CAUUAAUGUUAAACUAUGGUAAAUCAUUGUUUUUGUUUUGAGUUCAUUGACUCCCUCUUUGUAUGUCACUGUCAGAGCUGCAGAAACCCAGACAAUGAUGCGAGCGGACCGUGGUGCUUCACUACCAGCACUAACAAAAGAUGGGACUACUGUCACAUCCCAAACUGUGUUGAUUCGAAAUGUGGGACGCCAGUCACCAAACCAAAGCGUUGUUUUGGUCGGAUUGUGGGAGGCUGCGUGUCUAAACCUCACUCGUGGCCCUGGCAAAUCAGUCUCCGGACCACUGAGGGAUCUCAUUUAUGUGGAGGAAGUCUGAUUCACCCUCAGUGGGUCCUUACUGCUGAACACUGCCUGGAGCAGUCUGAGGACCCUUCAUACUACAAGGUAUUCCUGGGUAUCCACAGAAAGUCAGGCAAUGAGCCAUCGCGACAGGAAAGGAACGUGGAGACACUGAUAUUCGAACCCAACAACGCUGACAUUGCUCUGCUCAAACUGCAGAGCCCUGCAAUAAUAAACGACAAAGUCCUAACAGUUUGUCUGCCAGAGCAGGACUACAUUGUUCCCACUAGAACUGAGUGUUAUGUCACCGGAUGGGGUCGAACCCAAGGUACGGGAGGUGAAGGUGUCCUGAAGGAAACUGGGGUUUCUGUGAUCGAGAACAAGAUCUGUAAUCGUCCAUCGUACAUGAACGGCUUAAUCAGGGACCAUGAAAUGUGUGGAAUCAACGAGGGAGGAAUGGAUGCCUGCCAGGGUGACAGCGGUGGUCCUCUGGUGUGUAAAAUCCAGAACAGUUACAUCCUGCAGGGUGUGACUUCAAGGGGUAUUGGAUGCGCCAUUGUUUCGAGACCUGGCGUCUACACUCGAGUCUCCACGUUUGUCAACUGGAUCAACAAAACUAUUGAAGACAAUUAAAAACUACCCACCUUAAAAUAAUCCAGUAGCUUCAGUCGCAGAAAGUGAGUUUUCAUUGUGCUCUUUGAAGAUACUUUAUCAUGCAUGUACCGUUCUGCUCCAACAUGACUACUUCAGUUUGUUUUCAGGUCUUGUCUGAUGUCAACAGAUGUUUUGUUUCUUCUGGUGUAUUCACAAUAAGCCAACCAUGUUGCUGGUUUUGGCAUGUAAAGGUGUCUCUCUGUAAGAGCUGAAAAAUAAAAUUGAAUACAAAUGAAAUGGAGGAGUCAUGAUUUAUAGAAAAUGUAUGUAAAAAUACUUCCUUGGUUUUAGCUGAGGUCAAAGAGCAAGGAGUGGCUGAGUGAAUGUGUUGCCUGGAAGAGGAGAGGGGAGAGAGGCAAGCUGCAGGAGGAGGGUGUAUUUUUCCUCCCUUUUUUUAAUUUGAGGGAAUUCUUCCUAACCCAGCUUUAAACAGAGCAUAUCCUUCUGUUGAGCUACUUCAAUGUUUAUUUUCAUGAGUGAACAUGAGUCAGUGAAAGCGUCAGCAUGAACUCAAAGUAGCGCUGUAAAAGACUCUCGUGUCAGUUUUCUGGUGAUGUUUCACACAUGAACAGACUGCAACCAUGUUACCAUGUUGCCUACUCAUAUUGUUGCCUUUGUGUUUUUUAAUUUGAGUUUCUUUCUGUUUUGUGUGUUCAAGUAAAGUUUGAAAAUCA